AUGGAUCGAUCCAUGGCACCAAGGCCUAUUGAGGUCAUCUUACUAGACUUGAAAUCAAAAUCCGAUGAGACUCGUUCUAGAGCUGCUUACGAGGUUCAGCAAUUCGUCCUUACCUCCUCAAGAGGUGUUACCGGAGAUUCUUUUACAAAGGUCUACAAUGAAGUUAGCGGGAGAAUUCAAAUCGCAGUCUCCUCAAAUGAUAUGAACGAAAAAUUAGGGGCACUUCAAGCCAUGGCUCGGUUAUGUACCAAGGGUGGAAGUCUGAUGCUUGAUAUUAUUCGCAAACAAUUGGUUCGGGUCAUCGAAUGGCUACAAGGAGAACGAAAAGAAGAACGACGUUAUGCAGCUGUCUUACUGCUUCGAUGCUUAGUCCGAGGUGUCGCUAGCAGUGUGAUAUACGAUGCUUUGCCUGAUUUGCUAGAUAACCUUUGGACGGCAAUGCGUGACCCAAAAGUAGCCAUUCGGGAGAUCUCAUCUGACGCUCUGGCUGGAUUACUUUAUUGCGCUUCAUCUCGCGAAAGUACAACACGGGAUGAGUGCUAUCUUAUGGUCUUACAACAAGUUCAAAAGGGCUUCAAGCAAGGAACAUCCGACUCCAUACAUGGCAGUCUGCUAGGAGUAAAAGAGUUGGUCGUCGAGGCUGGACCUUUCAUGCGAUCGCGGUAUCAAGAAGUCUGUGAUCAAGUUUUGACUUACCGCGAACAUCGAGAGGCGUUGGUCCGACGGGCAGUGGUGGAACUGAUCCCAACUCUAGCAUCUUACAACGUCACUGAAUUCACUUCUUCCUAUCUCCAUAAAUGUAUGGUUUAUUUGAUCGAACAAUUGCGCAAAGAUCGAGAUCGGACGACUUCAUUUUAUGCGAUUGGUCAUGUAGCUUUGGCAGUCAAGCAUCACAUGCAAUUGUAUCUAGAGGCAAUCUUGGCCUCAAUCAAAGAAGCUCUUGUGAACCGAGGAAAGAAGAAUAGUCCUUCAGAGGGUUCCAUCUUUCAGUGUAUCAGUAUGUGUGCAUCCGCCGUUGGACAAGCCAUGACAAAACAUAUGCACGAAUUGUUGGAAUUGAUGUUUGCCAACGGACUGACUGAUGCUUUGAGAGAAGCCUUAGUGGACUUGGCCCAUCAUAUACCGCCUCUUUUGCCAAUCAUACAAGAUAAGUUGUUAGACUUGAUCGCCCUCACACUUUCGGGCGAGAAAUUCAAGCCGCCUGGAACACCGAUGAACUGGAGGGCUACGAACGUAACUGAUCUUAGCGCUAUUGAACCAGACCGACCUACAGUAACACUGGCUCUGAACACGUUAGGUUCCUUCCCUUUCCAAGGCCAUCGAUUGAACGAGUUUGUCAGAGAUAUUGUGAUCCGAUACGUGGACGAUGAAUCUGCAGAUGUUCGACAAGCCGCGUCGGCGGCCUGCGCUCAACUACUUGCUCGGGAUCCAAUCAUUCACCAAACAUCUGCGCAUGCCUUCAAGCUAGUCUCAGAUGUACUUACGAAAUUAUUAUCAGUGGUCAUUGCGGACCCAGUACCUUCGAUUAGACAGUCAACCUUACAGGCAUUGGAGCAGAAGUUUGAUCGUUUUUUGGCCCAACCGAACAAUAUCAAACAGCUUUUUAUUGCUAUGAAUGACGAGGUACACGUGAUUCGUGAAUCGGCGAUCAAAACGAUUGGUAGAUUGACAAAGCGAAAUCCAGCUUAUAUCAUGCCCAACCUACGUAAAACUCUCAUCCUACUCUUGACUGAUUUAGAAUAUUCGAAUGAUAUUCGAAGGAAAGAGGAAAGCUCGACACUUUUAGCACAUCUGAUCAGUUGCUCAAAGAGCCUCACAAAACCGUACGUUGCGCCAAUCCUAAAGGUCCUGUUACCCAAGGCUCGAGAUCCCAAUCCAGCGGUCGCUUCUGCGAUCAUGAUUGCACUUGGAGAGUUAGCCCGUGUCGGAGGGUCGGAUGUCAUUACCCAGUCUCCCACUAUCAUGGAACUCAUUAUGGACACACUACGCGACCUCUCAUCUUCUGGGAAACGAGAAGCAGCCCUCAGAACUUUAGGACAGCUUUGCUCAAAUACGGGUUAUGUUAUUGAUCCCUAUUUCGAUCAACCGACCUUACUUCCUAUCAUCACAUCCAUUUUGAAGAGCGAGGGUUCGAGUCAUGUCCGUAGGGAAGCCCUGCGAGUCUUGGGCAUCCUAGGCGCUCUGGAUCCAUAUCGAAAUAACAGUGAUGUUGAACAGCUCGGGGCCAGUGGUCUCGGAAUCGGCUCCCCUGUUGAUGCUGCACCUAUUCUCACGGAUCCCUCCCAUCCCGAUCAAAUCAACUCUUCGAAUGAGCACUACUACCCCACUGUUGCAUUCUCAGCUCUCCUCUCGAUUCUCAGCAAUUCCAGCUUAGCCCACCAUCAUGCCGCUGUUGUACAAGCCAUCAUUUACAUCUUUCGAUCAUUACGUUUAAAGUGUGUAGGCUUUUUACCCAAAGUGAUACCUGCUUAUUUGAGUGCUAUGCGACUCUGUAGCGUUGCCCUUCAGGAAUACUACUUCCAGCAACUUGGUUACCUCAUUCAUAUGGUCAAGCAUCAUAUCCGUUCACAUUUACCGGACAUCAUGUCAUUGAUCCACGACUUUUGGCACUUGAAUACCACCACCACUACUACGGCAAGUGCCUUGAUCGGGGCGACUGCCACUGUUGGUACAAGUAAUAGCAGCCUCAACGUUAGUAGUGCAGCUGUAGCUAAUGGUAUCAGCGGCGCUGGUACCGUGGUUGUCAACGAAAAUGGAAUUGUGACCGUCACCCGGCCCAGUGGAUCUACUUUGCAAACCGUGAUUGUUGAACUGAUUGAUUCAAUCGCUAUUGCUCUUGAGAGUGAAUUUAGAACAUAUCUACCUACUCUGCUUCCACUUCUGAUCGAUUCGUUUGACUACAGUAAUACAGGAAGUAUCAUGAGCUCUAUCGCAUUGGCAGGUACGGUCGGACCUGCAUCGGAAUCAGCGUCCAAUUAUUUAGAGAAGAAAUACCAGACCUUGCAUCACAUCUUGAAGGCUUUUCAAACCUUUGGAAAUAAUUUGGAAGACUACGUUCAACUUGUACUGCCGUGUUUAAUUAAGACGAUUGAAAAACCCGAAUUACCUCUGAGUCUACGCAAAACGGCAAUUGUCACUUUGAAUAUGCUCAGUAAGAAGAUCAAUUUAAUCGAUCAGGUUUCAAGAGUCAUUCAUCCACUCAUACGAGUGAUCAAUGUUGGGAAUAAUGAGUUACGGGCGGCUGCGAUGGAUGCAGUCAGCAGCGUGAUGAUCCAAAUAGGCCCGGACUUUGUCAUAUUCCUGUCGACUAUCAACCAUGCUUUGGUUCAAGCUCGAUACACACAUCCACUCUAUGAGUCACUGGUCGUCAAGCUUUUGAAGGGCGAAGCAUUGCCAGAUCCUAGUUUCACGGAGCCUUCCCAGAUCCCCAGUGACGAGUCCGUGAUUGCAGCAGAUGCAGGGCAGAAUAAAUUCCAGGUCAAUCAACAAAACCUCAAAUCCGCCUGGGAAACAUCAACCGUCAAGAAGCCAAAAGCUGAAGAUUGGAAGGAAUGGAUCAAGAGACUAUCAGUACAGCUUUUGCAAUCGUCACCAAGUCAUAGCUUGAGGGCAUGUGCCAAUCUGUCUGGGGUCUAUCAUCCACUUGCGAGAGAGUUAUUUAAUGCGGCAUUUGUGUCAUGUUGGACUGAGCUAUACUCACAAUACCAGGAGGAGCUAGUGAAUGCCAUCCAAACCGCUCUAUCGUCCCCUACCAUUCCCCCCGAGAUCACUCAGACUCUGCUCAAUCUCGCGGAGUUCAUGGAGCAUGACGAGAAGGUUCUACCCAUUCGUAUCAGCACGUUGGGGAUGUAUGCGCAAAAGUGCCACGCGUUUGCCAAAGCGCUACAUUACAAGGAGAUCGAGGCUUUCACGGAACCGACAGCUGACACUCUUGACAGCUUGAUUCUCAUCAAUCAACAUCUACAACAGCCUGAUUCGGCACAAGGUGUCUUGACAAUGGCCCAACAGCGGUUUGGGAUGGAGAUUAGGGAAGAAUGGUUUGAAGAGCUUGAGCGAUGGGAAGACGCUCUAAAUAGUUAUACUCGACGACUUGAAGAAGAUCCGAAAUCAAUUGACUCGAUCUUGGGUGGGAUGCGAUGCUUACAUGCUCUAGGUGAAUGGGAAUCACUGUCAGAGAUGGCACAGGAGCAUUGGGAAAACUCGAGUAAUGAGAUUAAACGAACGAUGGCACCUUUGGCUGCAGCUGCUGCAUGGGGUCUAGCACAAUGGGAUAACAUGGAUAAUUAUAUCAACGUACUCAAGUCGGACUCGGCAGAAAAAGCUUGGUUCAAGUCUAUUUUGUCGAUUCACCGAGGACAACAUUCAGUAGCACAACGACUCAUCAAUAAAGCCCGUGAUACCUUGGACACUGAAGUGUCUACCUUACUCGGUGAAAGUUACAGUAGAGCAUAUGUCUUGGUGGUGCGAGUCCAGAUGCUUUCGGAGUUGGAAGAGAUCAUUGCUUAUAAAGAGUGCAAAGACGACGACCCAACCAAACAGUUACAAAUUCAACAAACUUGGAUGAAACGACUCAAAGGUUGUCAAAGGGAUGUUGAAGUUUGGCAACGAAUUCUCAAAGUUCGAGCAUUAGUUUUAACACCUAGAGAGGAUGUUGGGAUGUGGAUCAAGUUUGCGGGUCUUUGUCGUAAGUCGGGCCGAUUAGGAUUGGCGGAGAAGACAUUGAAUUCAUUGAUGAGUGAAGAUACGAGUAAUGGAUUGGAAUCUCGAGGUCCACCGCUUGUGAUCUACUCGCAUAUCAAAUACAUGUGGGGAUCAGGUGCUAAACAAGACAGCUUGAUGUAUCUGAAGGACUUCACCUUCCGAUUAGGUGAAGACGUAUUUGAUCAUAAUCGUGCUAUGGCACAAAGUGGAAAUGAUGACUUUGAGCAACAGACUAGAAUGAUCGAACAUAAGCGAUUGUUGUCGAGAUGUCACCUCAAGUUGGGUGAAUGGCAAUCACAAUUACAAGAAGAUUGGAGUUCGUCCGCCGUGGUCGACAUCCUCGAAUCUUAUAAGCUAUCUUCAGAGCUUGAUCCGGAGUGGUACAAAGCUUGGCACGCGUGGGCCUUGGCUAAUUCAAAGGUUGCUUCGCAUUAUGAACGGAAUCAGGAUGCUAGUUCGGUACCGGUCGAGAUUGUGCAGUAUCAUCUCGUACCUGCUGUCCAUGCAUUUUUCAAGUCAAUUGCGCUCUCGCCUGGCAAUGCUCUUCAAGACAUCCUACGUUUGUUGGGGAUCUGGUUCAAGUAUGGUGAUCACCAAGUAGUGGCCAAUGCUAUUCAAGAUGGAUUUGGAAAUGUGUCCAUCGAUACAUGGCUUGAGGUGGUGCCGCAGUUGAUCGCUCGAAUACACGCACCAAGUGCAAACGUUCGACGGCUUAUUCACAACAUUCUUUGCGAAGUUGGUAAAGCUCACCCUCAAGCAUUGGUAUACCCUCUUGUAGUGGCUUCUAAAUACCCCAAUGAACCAAGACGUAGGGCAGCAAUUGACAUCAUCGCUAAGAUGAAGAUGCAUAGUGCACUUCUCAUCGAACAGGCACUUCUUGUCAGUAGCGAGCUCGUACGUGCGGCUAUUCUUUGGCCUGAGAUGUGGUCUGAAGGACUAGAAGAAGCUUCGAGGCUAUUCUACGGUGAUCACAACAUCGAUGCUAUGUUUGCUACAUUAGAGCCAUUGCAUGAUAUGUUGGAAAAGGGUCCCGAAACCAUUCGCGAGUCUCAUUUUGCAGCAACCUAUGGGCAUGAUUUGAUGGAAGCUCGAGCGUGUUGUAGGCGUUAUCGUGAACGCGGUGAUGUGAAUGAUCUCAAUCAAGCUUGGGAUCUGUACUAUCAGGUCUUCCGAAGAAUAUCCAAAUUGCUUUCAGCAACGCAUAUGUUGGAUAUGCAAACUGUAUCCCCACCACUUUUGGAGGCUCGGGAUCUGGAGAUCGCUGUACCAGGUACAUAUCGAAGCGGAAAACCGGUCAUCACAAUAUCACACAUUGCACCGAUAUGUAAGAUCAUGGGCUCCAAACAAAGACCAAGAGAGUUAUCAAUCGUCGGUAGCGAGGGACGAUGUUAUAGGUUCUUAUUGAAAGGUCAUGAAGAUCUACGUCAGGAUGAGCGUGUGAUGCAACUGUUUGGAUUGAUCAAUACCCUUUUAUCAAAAGACCCCGAGACGUUCAAGCGUCAUUUGAAUAUCCGUCGAUAUGCUGUGAUUCCCUUGGCUCCUAAUUCUGGUUUACUAGCUUGGAUUGAGAAUACAGAUACGUUACAUGUGUUGAUCAAGUUGAGUCAAUCGAGUUAUCGAGAGGGACGUAAAAUCCUUCUCAAUAUAGAAGCUAGACUGAUGCAACAGAUGGCGAUUGAUCAUGAACGGCUAUGUUUGACUCAGAAAGUUGAAGUAUUUGAGUAUGCGAUGGAUAAUACCACUGGUCAAGAUCUUUAUCGAGUGUUAUGGCUAAAGAGUCGAAAUUCAGAAGCUUGGUUGGAUCGUCGGAUCAAUUAUUCACGAUCAUUGGCUGUAAUGUCGAUGGUGGGACACGUACUUGGGCUUGGAGAUCGACAUCCUUCGAAUCUGUUGCUGGAUAGACUUACAGGGAUGAUCAUUCAUGUCGAUUUUGGUGAUUGUUUCGAAGUGGCGAUGACACGAGAAAAAUGGCCCGAAAGGAUACCGUUUAGGUUGACUCGAAUGUUAGUACAAGCGAUGGAAAUCAGUGGGGUUGAAGGUACUUACCGAAUCACAAGUGAGAACACAAUGAGAGUGAUGAGAUCAAAUAAGGAGAGUAUUAUGGCUGUACUGGAGGCUUUUGUACAUGAUCCAUUGAUCAAUUGGAGAUUGGUCAAGGGUGGUCGACAAUUAGAUGAACGAGAGGGUGGUGCUAACACAGAGGGUGGGCCACGGAUGCGAAGGCCAAGAGAAGUGGAAACCAAUCUGUAUGAUACUGUUCAGGCCGAAGUAUUGAAUGAUAAAGCCCUAAUGGUCGUCAACCGAGUAGAGCAAAAACUAACAGGCCGGGAUUUCAAGCCUAACGAAGAGUUGAGUGUCGCUGAUCAAGUCAAUAAGUUGAUUCAAAAAGCUGUAUCAGCCGAGAACCUGGCACAAUGCUUUACUGGAUGGUGUCCAUUCUGGUGAACAAUGUGAACUCAGGAUUGAGAUUCAUCUUGCACUAAUAAAUAUGUGAAUCAUUGCUCAACUGUCUAUGACAAUCUCUUUGUUGAUGUAUUAUAUUCUUCUACUGUAUACAUAAUUGUCUUUGUCAACUCAGUAUAUCGUUUCUGAUUUCAAUAUGAGAUAUCCUACGCAACUACAAUAUAAACAAAUCAAUAUAUAUAUGUUCCUUUUGGGGGUUAAUGAGUUUGAACAAGUUGAUUGGGGUUGGUUGAGCUUGGGUUUGUAUGUAAAUUGUUUAUAUCCUUUGAAAGUUUGGUCAUAGGAUCAUUGUGAUAGGAAAUCUAUUUUUGUUUUGUUUUCGAUU